UAUCUACAUAUUUAUUUGUCCUCAGGUGUUUUAUUAUAAUGUACACCAACUAGCUGUACAAUUGGAAGAUAUUGUAUCGGUUAUGUUGCCACAUUUCAGUAGCAAACCAGGAACAUAUUAUUCGGAUGCAUUAUUCUUUAUUUCGCUGGGUUUGCACAGAAUCGCACCUAGCCAUCAGAAACUCGCCGCGAUGUUUGAUGCGGAUACGAAAUUUCGUAGAGACGUGAAGGAUCUGUUUGAAGAAUUUAACAAGUUCGGAAAGGAAGCCUUGUUUGGCUUAGCUCCGGAGCUCACGCCAGUUUACCGACAUGUUCUGUACUUAUAUCGUAAUAAACAUCCGACAACGAUGUUUGGCGAACCUCAACAUAAAGGCGGGUACCCUGGCUAUAAUAGUGGGAUGGUGCUCUUUAAUUUGGAAAGAUUACGGAAAUCGCUUGAAUACAAUGAGAUUGUCAAUAAAGAUAGCGUGAAUGCUAUGACGGAGAAAUAUCACUUCAAGGGUCAUUUAGGCGAUCAAGAUUUCUAUACGCUUCUAGGCAUGGAAAGACCAGAACUGAUCCACAUGGUUGAUUGUGGGUGGAACAGGCAACUUUGUACCUGGUGGCGUAAUCGUGGUUACGCGGAUAUAUUCGCUAACUAUUCAGAGUGCCAUUCGGAGACUAAGUUGUGGCAUGGAAAUUGCAAUACUCCUAUGCCUGACGAUUAAUGAUCCAUAUUAUUUUUAUGGCAUCAGUAAAUACAUAAAAGAUGCCUUGCAUUUUUAGAUCUAAGAAAAAUGGUGCUAAAAGACGCGAAUGACAUAAUCUUAAGAUAUUAGAGAAUUGUAAGCAAAAUAACAUACGAUGAUUUCCUUUUAUAUUAAUUAGUGAAUUCAGGAAAUUUUGAUUACUUUACAAGUAAUGAUGAAGAAAAUAGGAAAGUCUCUCUCUUCUUUCCACCUCUCUGUCGUUCUCUUUCUGUUUCUUUAUGCUAUCUUGGAUUUAGAUAUUUAGUAAUUUUUAAAGGACGGUUGAUUUAUACAUAAGUAUAUUUCUUGUUAGAUAGUUCUUGUUAUAUAAUACAAUCUAUUACACAAUCUA